CCACAUAAACUCAAAUCUGUACAACAAGAUUACAUCGUGAGCUCACACUUGGUUAUAUGCUCAGCCCUCGUCGUCACAGCGUUCCGUGACUUAGAAAGCUGUGUGGGUCAGUUGGAUAGCCCAACGUAGUGUCCCAGGCUUUUGAAUCGGAAUUGCUAGCUGCUGCGAUUUCUAAAUAUUGUGUUCUGAAAGGACCACUAUGUAACUCAGGAUUUUUUAUAGAGCUUCCACUGGAUCGCAAGAAUAUAUUUUGAUGACACCAGAGUUUUCUAAAUAGAUUGAACAAUUUAAAUAUAAACGCUAAAUAGGAAUAACUAAGAUUUAAAGAUAAAAAAUUUAUAUAAUACUUGGAUUAUGAAACGAUAUUUUUUGAAGUGAAUAUGCCUUUCAAUUUGAAUAUUUUCAAAACUUAUUCUUUUUUAAAUCUCGUGAUCUUAUAGUGCUGUAACUCUGGAGCAUGAAGGAGUUUUGUAUUGAUGAAAAUUCCUAAACCACUUGGAAGUCUUUUCACAAGAUAAAUUUAUACAUGCAGACCACAAUGCAACAGUGGAACGAUCAUCUACCCGGAAGUCACAGCAUCAGCAGCGUUGUACUGGUACUAACACACAACACGCUACCAGUGCUGCUGUCUUUAGUGCUGCAGGCCGCAGCAUCUUGUGGCAAAGAACGUGCUGGUUACGACAGGUUCAGCCACCACAUCCCCAAGAACCGCGGCCCCAAUGUGCCUGACGAGCAACGUCUGCUGGACCAUAUCAUGAAAGGCUACGAGCGGUCAGUUCGACCCGUACGCAACUGGACAUCACCUGUGGUCAUCAAAAUGGGUCUCACUUUGACACAAGUAUUAGAUAUGGACGAGAAAAAUCAAGUUCUUAUAACGAAUGUUUGGCUCGAUCACGAAUGGGUGGACGAGUUCCUGAUGUGGGACCCGACACAAUUUAACAAUAUCACCAAGUUACGUAUACCAUGUCACAAGAUAUGGCUGCCAGACAUGGUGUUAUAUAACAAUGCUGCUGAGUACACAGACGGAUUAAUGCCGGCUAAUGCCAUGGUGGAACCCAACGGAAACGUUUUCUGGCCAGUGCCCACAAAACUGCAGAGCUCCUGCAAAGUGGACGUGACCUAUUUUCCGUUUGACAGCCAGGAGUGUUCGCUCAAGUUCGGGUCAUGGACCUACGACGGAUACCAGGUGGAUAUCACGAACAGGACAUCAGAGGUAGAUCUUAGCAACUACAUAGUUAACGGUGAGUGGGAACUUCUGCGUGUCAAAUGUGUUCGCAAUGUUGUCAGGUACGCUUGCUGUGAUGAGCCGUUCCCGGAUGUGACGUUUUAUAUCAAGAUACGGCGUAGAACUUUGUACUACAUGUACAAUGUCGUCUUCCCAUGUGUCAUGAUGUCUGCCUUGACGCUGCUGGUUUUCUGUCUGCCUCCAGACUCUGGGGAGAAGAUAGCGCUGGGCAUCACAGUUCUCUUGGCCUUCUCGGUCUUCAUGCUGGCAGUAGCCGAGAACUUACCCGAAACCUCGGAAUUUGUACCUUUAAUAAGUAUCUACUUGACUAUUGUGAUGGCUUUAACGUCAGUCUCUGUUAUCAUGACCGUGUUCGUCCUGAACCUACACCACAGAGGUCCACUGAAACACUCGGUGCCACCCUGGCUGAAGAAGCUCUUUCUAGGCUCCGCUCCGGUGAAGCGUCGGUCGUUCCAUCGUGCCAGCGAUCGACACAGCAACCUCCACUACUCAGGAGUUGGCGGGCUAGACGCCCACUGCCUGGUGAAGAAUAUGUCCCUGAAGAUGACUCUAGACAAUCUGGCGCAGGAACUGCGUGACGAGCUCCACCGAGAGAAUGGAUGUGCUGAUUCUACAGAGUAUUCUCAGUCUAACGCGGCUCCUCUAUCUACAAAUGCUUCUUGUACUCUCGAGGAACACAUUUCUGAGGUUCCAGUUUAUAAUUCUACAGCGAUGAACCAGAGAUUAAGACAGAAUGAGAGGCUGGGCAAUGACUUCAACCCUUUGCUGGAUACAAACAGCAGCACUCCUUUGAGAAAGACAACUGUCUCAGGAUGCGGCUUGGAAUCAGCGCCAAAGGGUGACAACUAUGCCCAUCGGCGAUUGAGACAAAAAACUAGAAGCCCUUACGAGGACGCCUUAUUUUCUCUUACGAAGCUCCUGGAGAGGCAUGAGGUGGAGGAGAAGGACUACGACGACAUUCAGGACUGGAGGCGACUUGCCCAAAGUGUGGACAGGAUUUUGUUUGUGUUUUUUCUGGUCGCGACAGUGUCUUCCACAGUGGCUGUUCUCAUCAUUGUUCCCGCCAUGCAAGACUUAUGAUCCACGCUACUCAUAGAGUUCAAGACCUAUGAUCCAAGCUAGUCAUAGAGUUCAAGACCUAUGAUCCAAGCUAGUCAUAGAGUUCUAGACCUAUGAUCCAAGCUAGUCAUAGAGUUCUAGACUUAUGAUCCAAGCUACUCAUAGAGUUCAAGACUUAUGAUCCAAGCUAGUCAUAGAGUUCUAGGCUUAUGAUUCAAGCUAUUCAUAGAGUGCAAAGAAAAAAGCAAGAUUCAUAUGUUAAAAACAACUGUAAAAUAGAACUAUUUUUGCUACCAAGCUGUUUGCUUAUCAGGCGAAGCUUAACGAAUUAUGGAUAAUUCUUUGAGCUUACUCAAACAAGAUGCUGAUUACUAUACGAUCCUAAAAUGUAUCAAUAGUUGAUGUGGUUAGAAAUUCAUAAUAAGAUUGGUUGAAGUUAGAUAGACCAACUUAUGUCUUGGAUAAAUGAGAAUGAGGUCCAGAUUAUCAAGACCAUUGUUUAUUCACGUAUGUGAUGUGAGACUGUUAUAAAUGUAAUGAUCUAUACAUAGUCACAUUGACUUCCAAGGGAGUGCUGCCAGAGUGAGGCUUGAAUAAGGAUUGGUUUAAAUGUAACAUAGUUACAGAUAGUACUUUGUAACAGAGAGGAAAGACUUUGACAAAAUUGAAAGUUCCAUCUUUUAUUGAAUGUAUAAUUAGAACACCAAAACGUUAAUCAAGUGUUUGAAUGUCUUCAUCAAUUAAUUUGAAAAAAAAAUGAAGACCUUUGUCAAAAGUGUACGUGUGUAUGUAUGUAGACUUAUGUGUGUGUGUGUAUGUAGACUUAUGUGUAUGUGUGUGUGUGUGUAUGUAGACUUAUGUGUGUGUGUGUGUGCAUGUAGACUUAUGUGUGUGUGUGUGUGUGUGUAUGUAGACUUAUGUGUGUGUGUGUAUGUAGACUUAUGUGUGUGUGUGUGUGUGUAUGUAGACUUAUGUGUGUGUGUGUGCAUGUUGACUUAUGUGUGUGUGUACACGAUCCUUUGAUGUAGCAAGGUUGAAAACGGCCGAUGGAAAUGUUUCUGAAUUAAGGUUACAAUUAAGUUGUAAAUGAUUCUCUAAUGAACGCUAUCUUACUUGAGAACAUGAACAUUUCAAUAAUUGGAUUUUGAUGUUUAGUUUUGUAAGAAAAAAAAUGUUUUUAUCGUAGAAAAAAAAUGUAUCUUAAAAAUGUAUUAGUUCCUUUUUAUCAAAUUUAUAAUUCCUACUUUUGUUUUGAGGUUAUAUCUUGCAAAAUUGUAACAAUUUGAUGCGCUAAUAGUAUCCAUUUCAAUAAGACUCAAUAGAUUCAGAGCCAAUUCUAUGUUUCAUGGGAAUACUAUUGUCUCAAUUGGGAAUAGCCCUAACGUUUUCGCAGCCCCCCCUCCCCCCCCCCCCCAAGCUUUGCAUUUUAUAAUGCUCGUCACUCUUACCCUCAUCCGCUAAAUAAACAAACAAUCAGAAUUCAAAGAUAAAUUCGAAAUAAAUCAAAACAUGUAUCAUUGUUGUUGUUUUUUUAAAUACAUAAUUGUGCUAUAAAACUAAUACAAGAACCAUCUCCAGAAUAAAGAUUUUUAUCUCUGAAACCGUUCAAAUAAAGAAACAAGUUCAACUCAAAACAUUCUUUUGAAAAAGGUCUCUCUCUAUUCAAACGAUUCUACCCGUCUUUCUCGCGUCAGUUGAAAUUACCCUGAGUGCCAUAAAAUGGUUCUGAUAAUGUCAUGUUUUUGUGAUGGAGGAAAAAGCCUCUAUAAGAAGAUGGUUAUAUUGUAAGAUGAUCCAGCUAUUACAGCUGUAGGUGCGCAGCACUUGCCUCUCUUUCAAACUUUCUCCACAGUGAGUUGAUAUAAGCUUUAUAAAAACGUAUGUUCAAAAUAUCAUAAACAGUUCCUUUUCAAGCUUGUUAACAUACAUUUCUGGCUGAAAUCAGCAGAGAUAAGGUAUUGUCUUCGGGUCCAAAGAUUAAGAAAGAGUGCAGUGACUCAGGUGAUUACGAAGACCAAGUUGUGACCUACAUAUUUGUCUCAUGUAAUGUAAGAGUGUUACUGCAUUUCAUACCAACACGUCUUCACAAAAUAUUUGAUCAUCUUUGUAGAACCCGAAGCAAUAUUCUCAAUGUACAGGUUAAUUCAUGCAACGGUUUCUGAGAACAAAGGUGUUUACACAUUGAGGUCAUGUGAGAACAAAGAUGUCUACACAUUGAGGUCAUGUGAAAACAAAGAUGUCUACACAUUGAGGUCAAUACUUUUACAAAAGGGCUUUCUUGUUUAUUUACCAUCUUUCAACUGGCAACUUUUAUUUUCCCUUCAUUGUUAUCAAGUGUUUAUAGCUAGAGAUGUAUUCUUAGUUGGAAUAGAAUCAGUGUUUAAGUCUUUGAUUUCCUCCCUAUACACUAUUACAUGUAUACAUAAGUUAUAUCAUAAUGUUUCAUAACAUUUUCCUAUUUCAAUUGUUAUAUUCUAAACUAUUUGAGUAUUAUACUUUAGAGACCUGGUCAUUAUGAUUUAGAAACAAAUUUGUAGACAAAUACUAUGUCAAUGAUCAAUUCUUGUAGAAUAAUAAUUAUAAUAUUUCUUUGUUUGGCGUAUUUAGCGCUAAUUAUAUAAGUGACAAUGUCCAAAAUUGUAUCCUUGGGCAAUGGGUCAAAACUCACUAGAGGGUGCUACGUGCAGUCAUAGGGCGUAAAGUUUUCUGGGUUAUUUUAAUAUACUAAAAUCCUGAUGCAGUUGCAUUGUAACCAUAUAUUUAUAUUUGAAAAUUGAUUAAAUAAAAAUGAUAUUUUAUACUUAAGUUGAGGCCUUCGCCUAAAGCAAGUUUGUCUCUUUUUUUUCUGAGGUAAUUUCACGUCAUACGUUUAACACAUUGCAAUAUGGUCGACUGUUACUUUUAGUAUUGCAUAUUAUAACUGAGCUACUAUCGUUUAAAGGUUAAUUUGAGAUUGUUGUAUAAAUGUAUUUUUUUGUAAAUAACUUUUCCAAUGUAUAUAUUUUUAUUAACGCCAAAUGAGUAGUUUUAGCAAUGGAAAGAGGAUCAAUAGAAUCUUAGUUGAUAUCAAUAAUACAGCUAUAAAUUAGAAAUUUAUUUCAUUUUUAUCUGCCUACGCUAUUCUCAAGUGUACAAUUUUUUUAAAAAAUAUCGUUAACAGUAGAAUCAAAGAUGUCCAUGUAACCAUGGCAACAUUCACAUUCGUCCUGGGGGGGUGGGUGGUAAGGAGAGUGAAAUAAAAAUGUGAAAUAAGAAAUCUUUAUAGCUUCACUUUUUUCCAUUUCUUCCACCGCAUUGUUAAACAUAAUACGAGGAUCUGACAGAGGCUAUACUUCUAGUUCUUCCACCGCAUUGUUCAACAUAAUACGAGGAUCUGACAGAGGCUAUACUUCUAGUUCUUCCACCGCAUUGUUUAACAUAAUACGAGGAUCUGACAGAGGCUAUACUUCUAGUUCUUCCACCGCAUUGUUCAACAUAAUACGAGGAUCUGACAGAGGCUAUACUUCUAGUUCUUCCACCGUAUUGUUCAACAUAAUACGAGGAUCUGACAGAGGCUAUACUUCUCGUUCUUCCACCGUACUGUUCAACAUAAUACGAGGAUCUGACAGAGGCUAUACUUCUCGUUCUUCCACCGCAUUGUUCAACAUAAUACGAGGAUCUGACAGAGGCUAUACUUCUCGUUCUUCCACCGCAUUGUUCAACAUAAUACGAGGAUCUGACAGAGGAUAUACUUCUCGUUCUUCCACCGCAUUGUUCAACAUAAUACGAGGAUCUGACAGAGGAUAUACUUCUCGUUCUUCCACCGCAUUGUUCAACAUAAUACGAGGAUCUGACAGAGGCUAUACUUCUAGUUCUUCCACCGCAUUGUUCAACAUAAUACGAGGAUCUGACAGAGGCUAUACUUCUAGUUCUUCCACCGUAUUGUUCAACAUAAUACGAGGAUCUGACAGAGGCUAUACUUCUCGUUCUUCCACCGUACUGUUCAACAUAAUACGAGGAUCUGACAGAGGCUAUACUUCUCGUUCUUCCACCGCAUUGUUCAACAUAAUACGAGGAUCUGACAGAGGAUAUACUUCUCGUUCUUCCACCGCAUUGUUCAACAUAAUACGAGGAUCUGACAGAGGAUAUACUUCUCGUUCUUCCACCGCAUUGUUCAACAUAAUACGAGGAUCUGACAGAGGAUAUACUUCUCGUUCUUCCACCGCAUUGUUCAACAUAAUACGAGGAUCUGACAGAGGAUAUACUUCUCGUUCUUCCACCGCAUUGUUCAACAUAAUACGAGGAUCUGACAGAGGCUAUACUUCUAGUUCUUUCACCGCAUUGUUCAACAUAAUACGAGGAUCUGACAGAGGCUAUACUUCUAGUUCUUCCACCGUAUUGUUCAACAUAAUACGAGGAUCUGACAGAGGCUAUACUUCUAGUUCUUCCACCGCAUUGUUCAACAUAAUACGAGGAUCUGACAGAGGCUAUACUUCUCGUUCUUCCACCGUAUUGUUCAACAUAAUACGAGGAUCUGACAGAGGCUAUACUUCUAGUUCUUCCACCGUAUUGUUCAACAUAAUGCAAGGAUCUGACAGAGGCUAUACUUCUAGUUCUUCCACCGUAUUGUUCAACAUAAUACGAGGAUCUGACAGAGGCUAUACUUCUAGUUCUUCCACCGUAUUGUUCAACAUAAUACGAGGAUCUGACAGAGGCUAUACUUCUCGUUCUUCCACCGUAUUGUUCAACAUAAUGCGAGGAUCUGACAGAGGCUAUACUUCUCGUUCUUCCACCGUAUUGUUCAACAUAAUGCGAGGAUCUGACAGAUGCUAUACUUCUAGUUUAGUUUGGUAGAUUUCAGGAACGUCCAACUC